GGAGCGCUGGAGGAGCGCGGCAGCGCGCCCGCCCGCCUCGGCUGCCGCCCGCAGAAGAUGCACUUCAGCACCGUCACCAGGGACAUGGAAGCUUUCACGGCCAACAGCCUGAGCAGCCUGAACGCCUCCGGGGGGUACCACCUCUCCCCCUCCCCGGGGGACCCGUACGGACAGCAUGAGCCGCCGCACUACGAGCCCUGCACGGCUCAGCAGCACCCGCACCCGCCGCCCCAGCCCCAGCACGGCUACCCCUUCGGCGGGGCGGCGGCGGCCGGGGCCAACCCGCCGCCCCCAGGCCCCGAGCCGCCCGAGGGCGCCGGGGGAGCUGCCGCGGGACCAGCCGCCGUCUCGGGCUGCUCGGCGGGGGCGGCCGCCGCGGCCAAAGCGCCGGUGAAGAAGAACCCGAAGGUGGCCAACGUCAGCGUCCAGCUGGAGAUGAAGGCGCUGUGGGACGAGUUCAACCAGCUGGGCACCGAGAUGAUCGUCACCAAGGCCGGCAGGCGCAUGUUCCCCACCUUCCAGGUGAAGAUAUUCGGGAUGGACCCUAUGGCUGACUACAUGCUCCUCAUGGAUUUCGUCCCCGUGGACGACAAGCGAUACCGGUACGCGUUCCACAGCUCGUCCUGGCUGGUGGCCGGCAAGGCCGACCCCGCCACCCCCGGGAGGGUGCACUACCACCCGGACUCCCCGGCCAAAGGGGCGCAGUGGAUGAAGCAAAUCGUUUCCUUCGAUAAGCUCAAACUGACCAACAAUUUGCUGGAUGACAACGGGCAUAUCAUUUUGAACUCCAUGCACAGAUACCAGCCGCGUUUUCACGUGGUCUACGUGGACCCUCGGAAAGACAGCGAGAAAUACGCGGAGGAGAACUUCAAAACCUUCGUCUUCGAGGAGACACGCUUCACGGCCGUGACCGCCUACCAGAACCACCGGAUCACACAACUGAAGAUCGCCAGCAACCCUUUCGCCAAGGGAUUCAGAGACUGUGACCCUGAGGACUGGCCCAGGAAUCACAGACCAGGGGCCCUCCCACUCAUGAGCGCUUUUGCCAGAUCCCGGAACCCGGUGUCUUCCCCAGCCCACCAGAAUGGCACAGAGAAAGAUGCUGCCGAGAGCCGUCGCGAGUACGAGCGGGAGGCGGCGGGCGGGACGGCGCUGCACGCCGAGGCCGCGCACCAGCAGCUCAUGUCCCGCGUGCUGAGCCCCGCGCUGCCGGGCGGCGGCGGCGGGCUGGUGCCGCUGGGCGGUGCGGGGGGCGGCCGGCCCAGCCCGCCGCACCACGAACUGCGCCUGGAGCCGCCCGCCUCGGAGCCGCUGCACCACCACCCCUACAAGUACCCGCCGGCGGCGGCCGCCGCUUACGACCACUACCUGGGGGCGAAGAGCCGGCCCGCCCCCUACCCCCUCCCCAGCAUCCGCGGGCACGGCUACCACCACCACCACCAUCACCACCACAUGAACGCGGCGGCCGCGGCGGCGGCGGCGGCCGCCAACAUGUACUCGUCGGGCGGCGCGGCCGCCGGCUACGACUACGGGCCCCGAUAACGGCGGCGCGACAGACGGCCGCGGCCGCCCUCCCCUCUUCCCGCCUUCCCCUCCCUCCCCGCCUUACGAGUGAGCUGAUAGGCCAGCGUGACCUGA